AAACAAAAUAUGCAUUUAUAUACAGAUAUGAGCGGUAAUGAUAGAAAUUGAAUGAGGGUUUGCGUCGAGAGUCUGCGGUUUGAUUACCGGUGUUGUGUUGUGUAGUGUUGUGCAGCUUUAGUCUCAACAUUAGUACAACACUAAUGAUGUAGACUUGAGAUAAAAUUCCCAAAAUUAUAGUACGCAAAGAGCAGUGGCGCCGGUCUUAUAGGCACUGUAUAUAUCGCUGUAUCUCUCUAUAGUAGAGAUGCCAUUAAGGUCUGGGUAUAGAGGCCUUGGGGCACAAUCUGAUUACCAGCCAAACACCACUAUCUCUCCGUUCCCUUCACUCGCAGUCGUUUCUCUCUCUCCCUCUCCCCGUCUCUCUGUUUUAAGAGCGAAUACUGACUCCCAUUCCGACAGCACUGUAUACACACAACACACAGCACUCGCUCCCAGUCCUCACUCACUCUCCACUAGUAUUUCAGUCUUCACUUCACCACCGAUUAGUACUGGAGUCGAGUCGAGAGAGAAGAGAGUUUUGAGACAGAAGUUUAGUUUAGAGUUUAGUUUGUUUAUUGUAAUAAUGAAGAAAAGGCGUCCGUUGUUUUAAGCCAUAAGUCCUUUCAAAACCUCAUUUGAGACGAGUUUUGAAAUAUUUAUGUUUUGAAGUUUGCUUUUCAAUGCCUUUCAAUGCCUUUUCGAACAAAUCAAAUGGACUUAAAUUUAUUGCAUUCACGCUUUGAAUGAUAUUUCUAUCAAUACUUUACUUCAAAAAAAUCAAAAUAAGUUUACGUUUAUUUACAUUUCGACCAAAACUGGAAAAGUUAUGAAGAAUUUGGUAUUAAAUAUCCAAACGUUCAUCAAUUUCCUAAUACUUGUCACCAGUUCUUACGGUGAUAUCCGGUGUUAUUGCAAUUUACCACAAUGUGUGAGAACUGGGUAUAUGUGUAAAUCGAGUGGCGCUUCGGCCGCGUGUUAUUCAGAGCAGUCAAUUGAUACUAACGGCGACGGCAUUACUAGUGAUCACAUCUCACGCCACGGAUGUAUUGAAUUACCUCAACAGAUGAGAGACAUGUGUGUUAAGCCUUUACCACAAUCGCCACCAUCACAGCAGACACACCACAAUCAUCACAGCCAUAGCCAUCGACACCAUAACAGCAAUCAGUCUAUUAACUGCUGUUUUGAAGAUAUGUGUAAUUAUGUUAAGAAUAUUGAUCUUAUAUUCAGCACAAGAAAUAACAAUAACAUCAAUAAUGACCACAAAUUA